UUGUUGUUGUUAAUUAUAGUUUUAGUGUUUUCUUUUUGCCAAUGCAUUGCAUGCAACAUUGUGACGGGAUUGCGCUUAAUGAUAAAAUAGAUUUGCGCACGAAUUAAACGCAUCGGGCGGAGUAGCGGUGCGUAAUCAUCAUUCGUCGCUGUCGAGAAUUUGGAUUGGCCAUUAUUUUAUGGACGAUCAUCAUGGGAAAGCUACUAUCAAAGAUUUUCGGCAACAAAGAAAUGCGAAUUCUUAUGCUCGGAUUGGACGCUGCUGGCAAAACAACGAUCCUUUAUAAACUAAAACUAGGGCAAUCAGUUACAACGAUACCAACAGUGGGCUUUAAUGUUGAAACGGUAACGUACAAGAACGUCAAGUUCAAUGUAUGGGACGUUGGUGGGCAGGAUAAAAUUCGACCGCUUUGGCGGCAUUACUACACAGGUACACAGGGUCUUAUAUUCGUAGUCGAUUGUGCGGAUCGGGAUCGAAUAGACGAAGCACGCACGGAACUGCAUAGGAUAAUUAAUGAUAGAGAGAUGCGGGACGCCAUUAUACUGAUAUUUGCUAAUAAACAGGAUUUACCUGAUGCAAUGAAACCACAUGAAAUCCAGGAAAAACUAGGUUUAACUAGAAUAAGAGAUCGCAAUUGGUAUGUCCAACCGUCAUGUGCCACAACCGGCGAUGGCCUCUUCGAAGGUCUUACGUGGUUAACGUCUAACCAUAAAUUAUGAGAAUUAUAAUCCAACGUAUUUCUACAUAUGGGCAUGUAUUAUUCGAAACGAAACAAAAUUAUUAUAUUUUUAUUUAUAUGAACCGCAAACGCAUAGUGGAUCACCCAACAACAACAACAGAAACAACAACAUGCAGAAGUCGAUAUAUAUAGUAAUUAUAUAAAAUUAAA